AUGAAAGCAUUAAGUUAUGUUCCAUCUGAAUGGGGUCAUGAUGUAUGUAAACUUCUUAAUAUUCGUGUUGAUAAUGAUUGGCGUUUACUUGGUAAACGUUUUGGUUAUUCAACAAGUGAAUUAAAACCUUGGGCUAUGCAAACUGAUCCAUCAAUGUCUUUACUUAAUGAAUGGUUCAUGACACAUAAAACUGAUGAAGCAAUAUAUGGGCUUUUAAAAGUUUUACACGAUAUAGGCCGACCAGAUGUCGAAGAAAUUAUUCGUAAAGCUCUGACAGCUGCUGGUGAACUUAUACCAGAUGAUAUAUCAAUGGAUAUUAAACGUCUUCCACCAAUAUUUAUUUCUUAUCAAUGGGGUUCGCAA